UUGUUUACAAGGUGGAUUCGUGAUUGUGAAUGUAUUUUAAUUAUUAUAUUGCGAAUCUUCAUAGAUAACAAGUGCAGUUUAUAUAGGGAUAAUCCGUAAAAGAUUAUCUUUGAAAUGGAUUACUCCACAAUCAGUAACAAGACCAACUAUACAGAAGCAGAAGAAUUAACAAAUGGUGAGCUAAGUGAGCGUUAUUAUUUACUCAAGAAACAAUACGAUAACUUAUCAAGCAGCUAUGAGGCAACGAAACAAGAACUACACGAUGCUAGAAGAAGUUACCAAACUGCCUUGGACGUUCAGAGACAUUUGACCGCAGAAUUAGAAAGUUAUCAGGCUGACGAUGCUCGUCGAAAAAACGAUCUAACUUCACGUAUAACUUCGUUGCAAGAAGAGAUAUCCGAGUUGAGAGAAGAGCGGACAGAAAUCACUGAACGACAUGCGGUGGAAAUUAAAAAGUUCGAAACACAAAUUCGGAAUUUGAAAGAGGAGCAGUCGUUGAAAGUGCGUGAAAGUCCUGAGCGUGAUAAUUCGGAGUUGGAAGAGGCUCGAAGGACUGUGAACAGCGCUUUAUCUGAUGCUGCUGCAUCGAAGGAGGCUCUUGAAGAAGCGAAGAUGGAGAUUGCCUCAUGGCGGAUGAAAGCUGAGGAGAUGAUAUCGGAAAUGGCGGAGAUGCGUGUGGCGGCAGAUUUGCGUAGGGAGGAGCUCAGGGCGGCUAAUGAGCGGGAAGCUACUGCGCUUGCUGAGCUUGCUGAAGCCAAAGCCAUGCUGCAUCAAUGCACAGACACCCAACAGGACUUGCAACCACAUGCUGCAAAGGGCAAUUCCAUAUUUGCUGAAGUUGAGGACAAGAGGCAGGAAAUGGUCAAGAGUCUCACACAAAUGAAACAAACUAAUUCUAGGUUAAGACGAGAGCUGGCCAACAAGCAAGCUGAGGUAGAUGCCUUACUGCAUGAGAAGCAGACUGUGUGGGAGCAGCAGGCAGGGGCUGCAGCUCAUUAUGACAGAGAACUUAUAGAAAGCUACGAGGAGCGCAUCACGCAGCUAGAAGGCGCGUGUGAGAAGCAGCGACGGGAGUUAGCGCGUUGGUUCAGCAAGCCCUGCGACCACAACGUCAACGACUGGCUGCCUGCUGUGCUUGAACAUUUGAAAUCAGAAUGCGAGCAACUAAGAGCCGACGUACUAUCGCGAGGUGCAGCUCAGCUCGCCAGCGCCGCCCAAGUGAGGGAACUGAGAAGAAAACUAGCUUUACUCACAGCAAACUCCACAAAACUGUCCCCUGCGAGCAAACCUGAUACUAGUGGGGAAGAUAAUAAGAUCGAUAUUGGAAUGCCAAGAGUUCCUGUCCAAGUAAGAAGUAAAGCUAAUGUUGAUGAUGUUAAGAAGAAAGUGUCUUUUAAUUAGUAGAUAGUUAUAUUUUAAUAAGUAAUAGCUGUGUUGUGAUAUGAUAUAGAAGUGGUGGAAUUCACGUCUUGUUAAUUUAAAGUUAUUAAGACUAUGUUUCAGGAAAAGGAUAAGUUACAUAAUACAUUAUAUGUUUUACAUUAAAUAACACUUUUAUAAACUUAAGAUGCGGGACAUCUGUAAAAUAAAUAACAUAGUUCUUAUCAUAUUCCAACGCAGCCUAAAACUGUAUAUGUACUCUUAGAAUAAGUAAUCAAUAAAUUAAAGACUUAUUAUAAACAGAAUCAAAUAUUUUAUUAACGACUGCAAUCUACAUUAUUUACAUCCAAUAUCUAGUACAAUACAAGAAUAUUUUAAAUUAUAUUUUGGGACGUAAUUUCUAAACACUUAAAAAAAAUGAAAUAUUGUGACCACAGAUCAACAGAAAAAUGGAAAGAAUACACUGCUAGAAUCACAAAUACAUAAAGAAAAAAAUGUGUAGUCUAUUCCAUUUCUUUAUUAUUCCGUGUUCGUCAGUAAAUUAUUAUGUAAUAUCAAAAGUAAAAAAAAUGUUGGUUAGAAACAGAUAAAGAUUUAAAUAUUAACUAUAGCGUAUUAUUUUCUUUUGGUCAUAAUUUUGUAUAUUUUUUAACUUAUUUCUUAAAAAAUAAGAAAAGGAGUUAAUACCACAAAUAGUGCAAAACUUGUUAUAUUCAAUUUAGUCGAUAUUGAUAGAACAGUACCUAUCGAAUCGAAACUUAAUGGAUAUUAUUCAGCUUCUAAUUUAAAUAUAUCUUGCACAUACUAGUAAUCUUGUUUAAACCAGAAGUUUCUGUAUAUUUUCGUUCAUCUUUAUAUCGAUAGAAUAAGUCUAUGCGGAACUAUUUGUGGUGUUUCUCUAAAAUUCGAUGGAACAAUAUUCUAGGAAGAUGAUACAAGUUUAAAAUGGAGUUGGUAGUAUGUUGUUUUUGAGGUUUAGUAACGAUUUCAAGUUUUGUUUUG